AUGACGGGCGGACGUGCAUUGCGCUGCGCAGGGAGCCUGGGCGGUGCCGCACACACUCGCCUGCUAGCUGCAGGGCUUCAGGAAACAGGAGCACAUCGGGACUUGGAUUCUUCCCACAGGAGGGCGCGUUACAUCCCCGUCAGAGGGUUGCUGCGAGGGCAGAUAAAAUCAGACAUGGGGAUUCUUGCCCUCUGCGAGAGCAAACAUUGGAGGAAAUUCACAGGUUUCAGCGUAAGACACGGAGGCCAUAUUACGGACAGUGGAGCUUCAGCAGGCGUGUUCACAAAACCUUCCAUCUCAGCACACCCAAGCUCCCUGGUGCACGCAGGAGCCAGGGUGAGCCUGCGCUGUCACUCAGAACUGGCCUUUGAUGAAUUUGUCUUAUACAAAGAGGGGCACACACAGCAUUCCCAGCAGUAUGGUAAGAUGACCCAGGCUGGACAUCACUCCUUCAAGGCUGUCUUUUCCGUGGGUCCUAUAACGCCUGCCCAUGCAGGAGCCUGCAAGUGCUGUGGUUGUUUCAGUCACUCCCGCUAUGUGUGGUCGGCUCCCAGUGACCCUCUGGACAUUGUGAUCACAGGAAAAUACAAAAAGCCCUCUCUCAUCACCCACAAGAAUGCCAUGGUGGAUCCAGGAGAUACAGUGGCCUUGUUCUGCAGCUCUGAUAUCCCAUUUGACAAGUAUCAUCUAUCCAGGAAGCAGGAGGCUCGUGCUCACUGGCUCAGUGGAGGGCAGAGUCACAGUGGAACAUUCCAGGUCAACCUUCCUCUGUGCCUUGUGUCCCCAACCUCUAGUGGGAGCUACAGAUGCUAUGGUUCUUUCAAUGAGUCUCCCUAUGAGUGGUCAGCCCCCAGUAACCCACUGCACGUUUCUGUCACAGGAAUUCCUGAGAGUACUUGCCUGACAACCACGGAAUCAACCCCUGAAACCGGCAGUCAGAAGGAAAAAUGA